AUGCUCGUGCAGUAUAUUGUAAGAGAAGCAAAUGUUUGGUUCGGCUUAGCACACCCGAAUGUUCUCCCCUUGUACGGUGUAUCCGUCGAUGCUGAGCGCCGUGGUAUUUCCUUGAUACUCCCAUGGAUCGAAAAUGGAGAUCUGACAAUGUACUUGAAGAAUUGUCCAGAUCCAGAUCACUUGAAAUUGGCACGCGGCGUCAUUCGUGGAGUGAAGUACCUUCAUUCACAGGACGUGAUUCACGGAGAUAUUAAAGGGAGCAACGUGUUAGUCGACGGUCGGGGCACUCCCCUCUUGACGGACUUUGGCCUUUCAAGGCUUCCUGAGGAUCUGUUGAAUGUGGGAGAUACGACGACUAGCUUCGGCUUCGGCGCCUUGCGCUGGAUGGCGCAAGAACGUCUUGAUCCCACGUCCUAUGGGUUGUCCACAAGAACAUCCUACAGCCGAGCCGCGGACGUAUAUGCGCUUGGUAUGACAUUGUUUGAGGUUUUUACUGGUCCUGUGCCGUUUUACGAUUCUCCCGAGCUCUUUGUUCUCCGAGAAGUCCCCAAUGGUCUCAGACCGACCCAUCCAGGACCUGAUGCUACCGCAAAGGGCCUCAAUUCUCAGCUUUGGGAAUUUAUGUUGGCUUGUUGGGACCGCGAUCCCGGAAGAAGGCCGAUUUUAAGCAUGAUCCUGGAAAUGGACAUGUUCGAGCCUCCGGUACAGUCUAAAUUGCAUCGACUACGUAAAGCUUACUUGGCUGUGUUUGCAUCCCGAGCGGGGUCUUUCCAAUGAUAAGGAAGAAGAAUACGAGGAACUACCGAGGGUCACAGUGUCAUUAUAGGUAUGUCGGCGAACAAUAUUUUCGGUGAGAACGUGGCGAUGGGUGAUGGUGCCCGUUUCGGACAGAAGGCAGGCUGGGGUAUCUCUUAUACCAUUAUGGACACCUUCCAGGCUUGGCCAUAUGUACCUGUUCAGUGACUUUGUUAUUAGAGUAUUUCGGUGCUAUGCCGUCAUUAGCGCCAUCAUGUAUUAAGCAGAGCUUUCAC